AUGUGGUGUUGUUGCAAACGUCGUUCCCAAGUUGUACGAGAAAUUAAGUUAGUUUGCGUAGGAAUAGAUAGCGUAGGCAAGACUGCAGUUAUUAAGACCAUUAAAGGAGAUGAUUUUCGAGAUGUGCUCCCCACAAAUGGUUUCUCCGUUAUAGAAUUCCCAUACUCCCAAACAUUCAACAUCAAAGCAUUUGAUUUAGGCGGUGGUGAACGUAUUCGCGACAUUUGGACUAAUUAUUAUGCAGAGGUGCAUGGUGUUAUAUUCGUUGUCGACUUGACUGAUCCUUCACGACAAGAUGAGACCUACCAAUGUAUUCGAGACUGCAUUGAAAACAAAGAUACAUUCGGGAAACCAUUUUUAUUUGUUAUGAACAAUGUUGCUGGAGGCGACAUAGAAGACGUUGACUUCUGUUUGACGGCUAAUCUGCAUGAGUCGUGUGAAAAAAACAAACAAUAUCCUUUCGUUACGCAUCUACGUAAAAUGACAAGUUGGAAAGCCAUCGCGGCCAAUAAAGCAAUUAGUCAACGAGUUAAGAUCAAUCCAACCCCUUUACUACAACAGUUCUGUGAUUUUAUUGACAAGAUUGUCGAACAAUAUGUUUCUAUAUCAGAGGGAGUGCGACAAGCAGAGGUCCGACUUCGAAUCCGACAACAAGAAGCUCGCGAUGCUCGGAAACUGCGAUUAAUGCAAAUCGAACACGAACAAAGAAAGAGCGAAAUAAGUUUGAUGGAAGGUUACAACGCCUACACCAUUCCUAUAAGGUCGGAUCCGCAACCUCCCACUAUCUCGGAAGAAGUGCCCAUGGAAGAUCUAAGUGCUUCCAUAAAGUCGUCUGAUAUUCCAAUAGUUCAACAAAACCUCCUCCCAUCUACAUCAGAUACUGUCCCAUCUCCUAGUGCAGAUGAUUUAUCCGCCCUCUCUUCGGAUGUGUUCGAAGCAGAGGAUACAAAGGAAGUUAAGACAGUUCAAACAAAAAAGCUUCCGCAUAACAAAAUAGCUCCACUAAACGAUGACGCAACGACUAGUACUAUUAGUUCCGAAACUACGAGUGACUCAGCAAAGAAGAACGGAAGUAUAACGGGAAAACGUCUUUCUAGUCGAAUGGAUAGAAUCAAAUUAGCUCUGGCCAAACAAAAAGCUGCUCAAAUGGAACUUAGUUUAUAA